AUGGUAUCACUUCUUAUCCCGAGGUGAAUUCCCGCUUCAUGGAGCGAAAUCUGUUCAAAGAAUAAGUGCUUUGUAUCCCACGCUUUCUCUAUGGCUGAUGGCGUGGCUGACUACUCGGGGCAAGAGCUCGGGGUCGCCCGACUGCAGUUCUCUGAUGAUGGGAUACCCACAGUGGUGGAGAUGGUUGAGAACGAAAUGGUUUUGGACCACAAAUCCCUUUUGGAGUUCCUUGCAAGGGCUGGUGGUUCCUACACUAUACAGGGAGAUGACAGCAUACAGCCAGGAACUCUGCUCCAGAUUAGCCCCAACACGAUUUUGGCUGUGGCUGCUGUGGAUAACGGACAAACAGAAGAAGGAAUGGUAAUGGAGUCCCCUUCUAUUAUUCUGCCAUCUGAAGAAGGUGUCACAGAUGACACAGAUGCAGUUGUUGAGGAAAACAUUGAGGCUACAUCUGCAGCAGAACAGCAACUUGUUGAAGGAACGGCAGUGACAGUUGGAAUUCAGAUUGCGUCGGAAAACAUGAGCGACGUUGACUUCAAAACAUUCCUGUGUGACAACGAAGUCAGUGGCACGUCGGCUAUUGUUUCCGUAUCUGAACCAUCUGCUCAGCAAGAACAUCUUGGCAUGGAGGAGGAGCAGCCAAGUGAAAAGCUCCCACAGGACAACCAAGAAGCCGACAACGAAACUGUUAUUCUCAGGCAAGGUUUGGAAGUCAUGAGUAUGCCUGAUCAAGGGGUUACUGAUGUGAUCCAGAAGGCACUACUGGCCGAUGUUGAUGAGGAUGAAAACACGACACUUGACCAGAACAGCAGUCACUCAGAGGCAGCUACCCAGCAUAUACUUGCAGACGAGGGUGAUCAUCACAUGGUACAGCAUACGAAUGAGACGCAGCUAGAGCCACCUUCACAGGAAGAACAGCAGAAUGUUGUCGUCAUUGAUGUGACCAAUCCCAUCCAGCUGUCACAAAACUCACUCAUUGUAGUGAAUGGCCAGAAAUGCGUACUGCAACAGGAUCCUGGAACAGGUCAGGUUGUCGCUUACCCCGUUAAAGAGCCAGAGAAGCCGAAACGAAGGAGGGGACGACCCAGGAAAGCUCCGCCACAGGGGACAGAAGAAGGUGGCACGUCCGAAUCUCUGGAAGCACCUAAACCACCAGAAGAUGAAGCACAGGAAGAAGAGGAAGAAGAUGCACUCCACAAAUUAGGCAAUGGAAUGGUGGAAGUUGUUACUGAAGAUGGCGCACUUGUACGAAGAAGUUGUCGGAGAAGAAAAAAGGCGAGGACUAUGAAAGAUUACGAGACCAAUCUGAAGUUAAAUGACGAGAGUGACGAUGCACUGGAAGAAGAGGAAGACCUUGAUGAAGAGGCGGUACUGGACUCCAUACCACGGAAACGAGGAAGGGGACGUCCACCACGUCGAGGAGGUCACCAGGGUUCAGAUCUCUUCAACCCUUUCUCUAAAAACACUGGUGGUGUGCGACGCAAGCGUGGUCGACCACGAAGGGAUACCCCACAGCGUCCAACAAUGCAAGCAUUCUUGGUACAGAUGGCAGAUGGGCAGACAUUGAUGAUGCAGAUCCCUACGGCCAGUCUUCCAUCAGGGGUUGACCUGCGUGACGUGGCCCAGAGCAUUGCUGGCACACUCAACGCUACAGCCGCACCUAAUGUACAGGCCGAAGAACCUACCAUUCCUGCCGUGGAGGGAGACACUACAACACUGGAUGUUUCCAGUGCAGCAGAGGCCAGCUCCACAGACCAGCAACUGCCUCAAAAGGAAGUUCAGACAACUCUACCAGGCAUGCCGCAGUGUACACAGCAGCAACUUCUUCAGCUGGACUCGAUCUUGCCACCGCAGUCUGUUAUCCUCUCGAUGGACAACAGCACAGUUGGCAACCUUCUUUUUACCUCCCAACUUGGUGCCGCUGCUGUACCUGACGUAGCAGGAGGCACUGCGGAUGCUCCUGUGAAGCGCAGGCCGGGCAGGCCACGAAAGACACCACUGCAGCCUCAACCACUAGUGCCUAUACUGCCUUCAGAUACAGAUCCCACAAAUGACAGCACUGAUGUGCACCAAAACUUGCAGUUGUCAGACCAGAGUCUCUCCAAGACCACUGAUGUCCAGGAGACACCUGCUGGCCCUACGGAUGUUGAGUUGCCUGUAGGAAAUACAGACAGUCCUCUGGAAUCUUCGAGGUCCUUAGUUCCAAGCACGCUUGCCGAUGCUGUAGCCCAAGUCCUUGGUCCUGAUGAAGAUGACGGGCCUCAUGAGGAACACGUAGCAGUCACUGGGGAUGAUGUUGCUACUGAAGGCUUGCCUGCCAUGGCCGUUGAUUCAGCAACAGAAGCUGUACAAGAAAAUGCAGAAGCUCCAAUAGAAAAUCAGGCUGACAUGCAGGUCUCAGAGUCCCAAGAUGCCAUGCCAGAAGCUACAAGGACGGCAUGCAAACCUCCAGCAGGGCCGGCUACAGUUAUACCAGUUCCCAACAAGUUGGUGUCACUGCUGAUGCCUCUGCCAAAAAUAGGUCUCAAAUCCACCGAUGCGGACUUGCAAAAACUCCAGUGCCGUAUCUGUGAGUUCCAGGCAUAUUAUCCUAAACAAUACAAGGACCAUAUCAGUACACAUGAAGAUGCUGUGCAGAAGUGCAAGUGCUGUAACUUUGUUUGCCUGGAAGAGGAGGAACUAUAUGCUCAUUACAAGGAGCAGCAUCCGCGAUGCAUAUGCCCUUACUGCAACCACACCGCCGAACAGACUUACAUAAUAAAGAGGCACAUGUUUCGCCACAUGGAAUCUGGAUGCAAAUGUGACAUAUGUGGCAAAAAAUACAAGGACCAAUACAUUCUCAAGAUGCACGUCAAAAUGGUGCACAUGCCAGCCGACGUGCUUUUUGGAUGCACCGUUUGCAACAAGAAGUUCACUCGCAAGGCGCAUCUCAAACGUCAUGUCAGGACACACAAUCCGGACAAGCCAUUCAAGUGCCAUCUUUGUAAUUACAGGGGUUGUGAGCGAUCAGACAUUACCAAACACAUGUUAAUCCACGAGGACCCAAAACACUCGUGUGACAUUUGUGGACGCUCUUUCCGUCACAUAAAGAACAAAGAGCUUCACCUCAAAAGGCAUAAAGGACAGAAAGACUACAAAUGCGGGGUUUGCGAGUUUUAUGGCUACACCUUCACAGACAUCAGGAAGCACAUUGAGCGCAAGCACUCGGACCCACGCACAAUCCUCUGUGAUCGCUGUGGACAGGCUUUCAAGACUCAAGCACUUAUGAAGGAACACCAAAUGAGUGCACAGUGCGAGGUCUACAUGAUUGAGCAGGAACUGACAGAGUACGACCCAUCUAUCAUCCAGCUAACAGAACCUGCAGAGGAAGGUGCAGACAGCCAGCCUGCUGCAAGUGAUGCAGAAGACCAGGAGGUCGCCACGAUCGAGUUGACGGACGAAUCGUUAGCCACACUUACUGGGGGACUUACUGGCAUAGGUGAAGGCCAGCAGCUCUUCAUUCGCAAAGUGGACGGAAUCGAAGGGCAGUAUGCCAUUGUCACAACAAAGGAGAAUGGAGAACAAGAGAUAACCUACGUCUCCGAAGAAGCAUUAGGUAUGCAGACUUCGAAAGAAGGCGAAGAAGAAUCUUCAAUGGUGGAAGCUAGUGAAAUUACAAUUCAAGAAGCAGUUCUCGAGACAGACCUCCAGAGGGAGAACAAUGUGACUCUCGUAGCUCAAAACGGAAUUGAUGGGUUCAUCCUCAACUAAACAUCGUCAUUAAAAGCUGAGAAAAACUUCAAAAGUCAUCAAUAACAGACACCGGGAGGACAUUGUCUAGUUGCUCUUUUUUGAAAUUUAAUAAUGAGUUUAAGUCCUAAUACUUGCCAUUCCAUGCUCAUUCGCUUGGAUUAUUCCGCCAUUAUAUCAGCUAGGCACAAGAGGCUGGCUAUCGUAUGUGUCUGGCAUGUGUUACUAUAGUCACAUUUUACUGGGUGCAUAGGUGCACCAUACAUAACGUACAUGCGUCGCUGUUUUUUCACACACGUGUUGAACAUGGUGAUGAAUGAUAUGAUUGUUCAUUUGAAAGCUGUACAUUAAAUGAGAUAUUCAGCCUGAUACAUGUCAUGAAAUAGCCCGAAAGUCUGAUGUUUAUCGCAUGUGAGGCCCGAUUCUUGUUAGUUUCUAGUGUGUUGUUUCUUGUGUGGGCAAUUUUCUUAUCACAUAUUCAUUUUGAAUUGUUGCCCACAUUAAACAAUACUAGUUUCAUGCUCUGCGUUGCUCUAGUCAGUUAUAUCCAGACAUGAAUAUUCGUUACACGUACCACAUGUGUAUACACGGCAAGAUCUUUGACAAUGAGAGUUCCAGCCUCACCCUGAACAUCGCUCUGAACAUCUGACAUUCUGUACAUAGAAGGUUGUAUUCUUGGUGAUAUGAAAGGGCAAUGUAACAACCCAAAAGUACAAAGUGUACAUACGAUGGUCAAGUUGUACAGACUUUGUAUUUUCCUAUUUAUAAAAUUGUUCACUGUACAAAGAGAAUUUGAUGUUACUGUUCACUGUAUGUAUUCCACCAGCGCAAGUCAUUAAAUAUAUUUGUUAGCUUGA